AUGGAGGCCGACGACCACGAUCUGGAGCACGACAGCACGUUUGGUGGCGACAGAGCCUCCCUCGCCAACAGCUCCACGAGUCUCAUAUCCGCCGUGACGAGGUACCAGUUCGAGCAUGGCCGCCGAUAUCAUGGCUACAAUGCUGGCAAGUAUCAUUUCCCGAACGAUGAGGAGGAGUUGAAUCGCAUGGAUAUAGAACAUCAUAAUCAGAAGCUGCAGCUGGACGGGAAGCUUCAUCUCUGUCCUUUGCAUGAUCCGAAAGAGGUACUGGACUUGGGUACUGGCACGGGAAUAUGGUGUAUAGACAUGGCAGAUGAGUAUCCAGACUGCCAGGUGCUGGGUACAGAUCUCUCGCCGGUGCAGCCUAGCUGGGCGCCGCCGAACUGUCGCUUUGAGGUCGAUGACUUUGAGCAAGAUUGGACCUUCGGCCACAAUCGCUUCGACAUGAUCCAUGGCAGAUUCCUGAUGGGCUCCAUCACCUCGCACGCCGAGCUCUACAAGAAAAUCUACAACGCCCUGAAGCCUGGCGGAUACUUCGAGCUCGCGGAAAUGGAAUGCGGGACCUUCUGCGACGACGAAACUGUACCUGCAGAUUCAGACAGCAACAAAUGGUGGAUGUGGCUAGAAGAAGCAUUCGCCAAGAUUGGCAAGCCGAUACCGAAGAUUGACGAGUUCCCAAAACUGCUUGAGGGCGCCGGCUUCGUCGAUGUCGUGUCCGAGAUGAAGAAGAGGCCUGUGAAUGACUGGCCGAAGGAUCCGCGGAUGAAGGAGAUUGGGAGGUACUCUUGCUUGAACUUCUUGGAAGGGCUGGAGGGCUUCACCAUGGCGCCUUUUACGAGAGUGCUUGGAUGGCAGCCGGAGGAGGCGCAGAUUCUGGUGGCCAAGGUGAAGAAGGAGACCUUGACCAGGCGGCUCCAUGGGUGGCAGAAGGGGGGAGUUUGCAUGGUAAUUUGA